CCAUCUCCCCACGCCAACAACCACUCCUUCCACUCCACCGGCCCCAUUAGCCUCUCCCACCGAAGCACUCAUACAGUGUCUACUACACCUCCACAUGCCGGCAGCCCCUACGCCGGACGCGUAGCGCCGGCCCAUGCACUAGCCUACCGCAAGCGCCUCGCCCCAACGAGCAGUAUGCCAAUGCCGGCGCCAACGCCGACGAAGCAUGCUAGCACACCGACGGCGUGCCACC